AUGCGUUUCAGUCAGCGCCAGGCAGCCGGCGCCGUGGCCGUAGGCCUGUCGCUUUUCCUUUCGGCUGCCGUUGCCGCACCGCUUGGACCGGGCUUCGAUGAGCUCAGCCAGAUCUUCGCGCAUCCCAAACCCGCAUCCGCCUACGACGAGCUCAGCCAUGUGUUUGGACACGCUCAGCCUCGUUCCGACACCUGGCAGCAUCAGCCCAGCGCCACCCCCGCCCUCGGCCCCUCCGUAUUCGCGGCGCACCCCGCUAGCCCAGUCGCCCACCAGCCCACCGAGCAGUACCGUCCGCAGAUCCAGUACCACCAUCCUUUCGACGAAGGACACUACCGGGGCGACCAGCAGGUCCACCACGGCGCAGAUGGGUACCAGGCGUUCCCUCCGCAGGGCAUCAGCCACCCGCCGAGCCCGUACGGACACCAGCCCAGUGACUCGUACUUGCUCCACGACCCCGACUCCUCGUGGCAAGGCGCGCACCCGUCCGACGACCACGACGAGCUCCAGGCGCUCCUGGCCGGCUUCUCGAUGCCUUCCCUCUCGUCGCCGCCGCACAGUCUGCGUCCGUGGAUCGAUGCCGGCCAGUCGUCGGGCCAUGACCUGCCGGAGAUCCUGCGCGGUACUCGUCCCGCUCGCCCGCCUCCCGGAAUCGAGACUCCUCAGCACGUCCACGGUCGACCUGCCGUGGCCGAGGCGCACGACCGAUUCCAACCGGCGUCGCACCCAUCCCCACCACCUGCGCCCGAGUUUGGUCCACGCGGAGUCAUGCAGCUCGCACAACCUGUCGUCCAAGCCGGCGCCUCGCGCUCUCGGAGCCCCAGCACCCAGUUCCUGCUCGAGGAAGGCCAGCACCUGCUCCGCUUCGACCGGCUCAGACGCGGCAAGGAGAUGGUCAACACGAUUGGCGACGACGCGCUGCGACAGUGGCUGCAGGACGUGAUGGACAUCCGCAUCAAGGAAGCCUCGCGGCGCUGGAACGUCUGGGACCAGGCUCGCGUCGAGAUCGUCCCGUACCCGUCCAACCGGAGGACCACCAACAUGAAGACGGGCACGUACAUGUUUCACCGGCCGGGUCUGAUCCCGCCUGCCGCCAAGGGCUCGUUUGAGGACGUCGUCGACCCCUUUGCCGACUUUCAGGUGGGCACCUACCGCCUCCGGAUCAUCAGCCCCAAGAACAAGAAGCACGUCUCGGUCGAGGACGAGCCCGCCUUCUACAACGUCAUCGCCAUGCCUACCGGAGACACCGAGGGCAACAUCGCCAUCGGCAGGCUCAAGAUCCAGCGCGAACCGGCAGACGUCGUUGAGCAGACUCGAUAG